GCGAGUGGAGCCUGAUUUAAAAGCUGUCGCCUCUCAGUAUCUCUCAAACUUCGACCGCAAGCAAAAGACUUUCUUUGCUCCCGGGUCCCUGGAUGGGAACCGCUUAGUCCGGGCCGUUGUCAUUGUAAAGGAGCCACGGCCAUAGAUGAGCACGAUGCCUCUCUUAAGUAAUAAAGCAACUGUUUUCACGCUGUUUUCUGCCUGUACGGCCGGCUGCCACUAAGGAACUUGGAGCCUGGCUCCAUCAGUAAGGAGCUGCCGGCGGGACUGUCAUUGACGUGGAGGAGGGGGGCUUUCGUUCUGAGGGGAGGGGGCGGACUUGGUGGUGUUGCAUGUGCGUGUUUUUUAUUUUGGUUUCCCCCCCCACCUUCUCAGAGCAUCCCCACGUUUUCUCCCGCGAGGAAUGAUGAAUAAGCAAAUCCUGCCUGAUCGCAAGCUGGCAUCUGUUGCUCCCAUGAAGGAGUAUAACAGAAUGGACGCGAAGGACACGGAGUUGGUGCUGGUGAAGGAACACAAUGGGCUACAGCACACCAACACUGCCAUCAGCAGCAGCGCGCCCCCCUUCACAGCCGCUGAGCCAGACAGGGAGACCUGGGGCAAGAAGAUCGACUUCCUACUCUCAGUCAUCGGCUUUGCCGUGGACCUGGCGAAUGUGUGGAGGUUCCCUUUUCUCUGUUACAAGAACGGAGGCGGUGCGUUCCUUAUCCCCUACUUGUUUUUUCUGCUGAUCGCCGGGAUGCCUUUAUUUUACAUGGAGCUAGCACUGGGCCAGUACAACCGAGAGGGUGCAGCUACUGUCUGGAAAAUCUGCCCCAUCUUCAAAGGUGUGGGCUAUGCUGUGAUUCUUAUAGCCCUAUACGUUGGCUUCUACUAUAACGUCAUUAUAGCCUGGUCCCUGUACUAUCUCUUCUCUUCAUUUACAUCUGACCUUCCAUGGGUUCAUUGCAAUAAUCAUUGGAACAGUCGCAACUGUACUGACCCAAAGCUACUCAAUGCCUCAGUCCUGGGAAAUGGAAGCAAAUAUUCCAAAUAUAAAAUUACACCAGCUGCGGAGUAUUAUGAGCGUGGAGUUCUCCAUCUUCAUGAAAGUGCUGGAAUUCAUAACUUGGGAUUACCAAGAUGGCAACUUUCCCUUUGCUUGCUUGGCGUGGUGAUCAUUCUCUACUUCAGUCUCUGGAAAGGGGUAAAGACAUCAGGAAAGGUGGUAUGGAUCACAGCGACCAUGCCCUAUAUGGUGUUACUUGUAUUGCUAAUCCAUGGAAUCACAUUACCAGGUGCUUUGGAUGGAAUCAAGGCAUACCUCAGCAUUGACUUUGAGCGCCUGAAAGAAGCACAGGUCUGGAUCGAUGCAGCAACUCAGAUCUUUUAUUCCCUUGGUGCUGGAUUUGGAGUUAUAAUUGCAUUUUCCAGUUAUAACAAAUUUGAUAACAACUGCUAUCGAGAUGCUAUUCUUACCAGCUCCAUCAACUGUGUGACAAGCUUCUUCUCAGGAUUUGCAAUUUUCUCUGUGUUGGGCUAUAUGGCGUUCAAGCACGGAGUUGAUAUUUCAGAAGUGGCAACAGAUGGUCCAGGCUUAGUGUUUGUUAUUUAUCCUGAAGCAAUCUCCACUCUCCCAGGGUCAACAUUUUGGGCAAUUAUGUUCUUCAUAAUGCUGCUGACAUUGGGAAUUGACAGCUCAAUGGGUGGUAUGGAGGCUGUUGUCACUGGAAUUACAGAUGAUUUUAAGUCAUUGAAGAAUCACCGAAAGCUCUUCACAUUGGUAACAGCCGGUGGAACUUUCCUGGUUGCCCUCUUCUGCAUCACCAAUGGUGGAAUUUAUGUGCUGACGUUACUAGAUCAAUUUGCCGCAGGGACAGCAAUCCUAUUUGGGGUAUUAAUAGAAGCCAUUGGUGUAUCUUGGUUUUAUGGAGUUGACAGAUUCAGUGAAGAUAUCAGGCGAAUGACCGGCUUCAAACCAGGUCUCUACUGGAGGCUCUGCUGGAAGUUUGUUAGCCCAGCCUUUUUACUGUUUGUAGUGAUUGUCAGUAUUGUGAAGUUCAAGCCUUUAACCUAUGAUGGAUAUGUCUUUCCAAACUGGGCUAACCUGGUUGGAUGGGGUAUCGCUGUGUCUUCAAUGUCGCUAGUACCAAUCUACGCCAUUUACAAACUCUUUACAGUCCGUGGCACCUUAAAGGAGAGAAUAGCAUAUUGCAUCAUCCCUGAAAAUGAACAUUAUCUUGUGGAGCAAGGAAAAGUGCAGCAGUUUAAGCUCAAGCACUGGCUUGCAAUAUGAAAACUUUCAGCAGGACUGCAACUCAAGAUGAGAUGCAAUGGAAAUCAACUCCUGGGCCCAGAACACCUUUCCUAUUAGAGUUUCAGAAAAGUCAAAUUCUAUUAACGCUCAUGUCCAGUGCCAUGUCUGGCUGGCUCACCUCCUGAACUUUGGGUAUCAGCACAAGAGAGUUAUUUAUUGUGUAACUCCUUCAAGGGGUUUGACAAAUUACAGCUGUCAACAUAGCAUUAAUUAUUUAAUCUGGAAUAUUACCAUUUCCUUUAUUAGCACCACAGGCACACAUUUGAGAUAACACUUAGAUGUUUGAAAGCAUCCAGCAGUGUUUCCUGGCUAAUUUCUUAUCAGUGCAAAAAUAAAAAUGGCAGGCAGUUUGCAAGAUAUCAUUUGAUAUUGCAAAUUAACAUGUACAUCAGCUCUCUCAAUUUCACAAACAACAG